GCUCGACAUUCGUACAGUGCAUACCUAUUCAUAAUUUGCAAAGAAGGAAGCAUGCAAAUUUUGCAAUUUUAUUAAUGUCGUUAUUUUUGUAGACACCGCAUCGAGUAUUUGCUUCUCAAUAAAAUCAUACUAAAUUUUAUAAUUUACAUUCGCGAAAAUGACGGACGACCUGCCGUUCCGUGUCGAGUACUCCAAGACCGGUAGGGCCGGCUGCAAGGUUUGCAAGAGCCCUAUCGCCAAGGAAAGCCUCCGCAUAGCUACUGUCGUUCAGAGUCCUUUCCAUGAUGGCAAAAUGGUCAAGUGGCACCACGCCAAUUGCUUCUUCCAAAAGCAGCGGCCCAAAACAACCGGAGAAAUCGCCCAUUUCGAUAGUAUACGAUGGGAGGAUCAAGAGGCCAUCAGAAAGCAAAUUGGUAAUUUGUUUAUGAAAGAGGAACCGGAAAGCGGUGGCUCAUCAUCAGUCAUAGUAUCAUCACCAACCGAAACUGAUGCAAAGGAUGAGAACAAGAAUCUAAAACGCGCAGCAACAGACAUCACUGCGUCACCUUACAGUGAAUUCAAAGUCGAGUACGCCAAGUCAAGUCGUUCGACUUGCAAGGGUUGCGGGAUGGCCAUCAUGAUACACACCACGCGCCUCUCCAAGAAGGAUUUUGAGAGCAAAGAGGCGCGAAGAUUCGGUGGACUGGAACGCUGGCAUCACCUCGACUGUUUCGACAAGCUACGCAAGGAAUUUCAAUUCUUCGACGUCGGUACAAACAUUCCAGGAGCCGAUACUCUCACGAAGGAGGACAAGGAGGAUCUGGAAAAAUAUCUGCCCAAAAUCGACGAUGAGCCCUUGGCUAAGAAGCCCAAGCUCGAGCCAGUGGACGUCGAACUGGAGAAGAAGCUGAAGAAGCAGAGCGAAGAGAUGUUCGAUGUGAGGGAUCAGCUGUCAAAGCUUGGCAAGAAAAUUCUCGCGAGGCUGCUAGAAGCUAACGGUCAGACUGUUCCGACUGGAAACAGUGAGAUUUUAGACGCUCUUGCAGACGUCAUGUACUUCGGUGCCUUGGAGCCCUGUCCAAAAUGUGGUGGCCAGUUUGAAUACAAAUCUGGCACUGGGUACAAGUGCACAGGAAACGUAUCCGAAUGGGCGGCUUGUGAGAAUCUCACUGACGAUCCCGUAAGAAGGGAAUUCGUUGUUCCCGAAGAUCUGAUUGUGGAUAAUCAAUUCUUAUCCUCGCACAAAUGUGAGGUGAAGCGUCGCCUAUUGAAGACACCCAUCGUCGUACCAGAACCAAACGAAAUAAAGACAGAAGACGUACCAGACGGACCGAAGAUCACAGACAAGCCCGCUGUGUUCAAGAACAUGACCUUCGUACAUUUCGGAUCCCGGCAUUACAAAGUGCAAAUGAGAAAAGCAAUUCUGGCAUUGGGAGGCACCUGCAAAACUAACGUAGACGAGAACACAACCGCACUGCUAUCUUCGCCUCAUGCAGUCAGGUGCAACGGGCCGAACGUUCAGACCGCAAAAUCACUGAAUGUCCACGUAGUAUCUGAAGAAAUACUCGAAGAAGCAAAGAAUUACACCGGUGACCCCAUCGAGCUCAUCAAGAAACACUCUCUCGUACCUUGGGGAGGUGACAUCUCUUCGAGAAUUUCAAAGUCUAUAGCAUCGAAUAGCAAGAGCGCCUCAGUGAAACCGUCUUCGGGUAUGGUGAAGCAACGCGUCAAAGGUGGCGGAGCUGUAGACCUCGACAGUGGACUUCAGGAUUACGCUCACGUGUAUCAUCGCGGCAACGGCGAGAAAUUCACCGUUACUAUGGGCAUUACCGACAUCCAGACUCAAAAAAAUAGCUUUUACAAAAUGCAGAUAUACAAACACGACAGGGAAAACAGCUUCUGGCUGUUCCGUAGCUGGGGUCGCAUAGGUACAAUAGUCGGUGGCAAAAAGUGCGAAAAGAAUUCCCUGGAUGCCUGUAUCAAAGAGUUCGAGAGUUUGUACAAAGAGAAAACCGGCAACUCCUGGAGCGAACGUGACAGCUUUGUCAAGAUGCCUAAUAAGAUGCAUCCCAUCGACAUAGAUCACGGCGUCGACGAAACCGUGGAAAAAAUAUUGGAAUCGAACGUCGAGAGCAAACUGAAUAAGCCCGUGCAGGACUUGAUGCGACUGAUCUUCGACGUCGAAUCCAUGAAAAGGGCUAUGCUAGAGUACGAGAUCGACAUGGACAAAAUGCCACUAGGAAAAAUCUCGAAGAAACAGAUACAGGAGGCUUACUCAGUACUCACCGAACUUCUGGCGCUUAUCAACAACGACGAUAAUCCCGAGCAAUCUCAGCUGAUUGCAGCCUCGAACAAGUUUUACACUUUGAUACCCCACAGUUUUGGCCUGGAAGGACCCAAAAUCAUCAAAACUGAAAAGGAGAUCCAAGCGAAAUGCGAGAUGCUCGAUACUCUACUGGAGAUGGAGAUCGCCCAAGAGAUUAUGCGUAAUAAAAAGAGCGAAUCAACCGAUAAGAACCGACUGGACGCGCAGUACGCGAAACUGAAUACAGACAUCGAACCGAUCGACAAAGACAGUGACGAUUUCAAGCUGAUCGAGCAGUACGUGAAAAACACACACGCCCACACGCACUGGUCGUACGAAUUGAUCGUAGAAGAUGUAUUUAAAGUCAAAAGAAGCGGCGAAGAGAGCAGAUUCAAGCCGUUCGAGAAGCUGCACAACAGAAAGCUUCUCUGGCACGGCUCCAGAGUCACCAACUUCGGAGGUAUCCUGUCUCAGGGUCUGAGAAUCGCGCCACCAGAAGCGCCGAUCAAUGGCUACAUGUUUGGAAAAGGUAUCUACUUUGCGGACAUGGUAUCUAAAUCGGCGAAUUAUUGCUGCACGAAUAAAAUAGACUCGACAGGUCUGCUGCUACUUUGCGACGUAGCUCUAGGCAACACAUACGAGCGUUACUCCGGCGACUGCAUCCAAAAACUACCCAACGAUAAGCACUCGACCUGGGGGCGAGGUUGUAGCAUGCCUGAUCCCGAAAAGUCCGUGAAAUUAGGCAACGGAGUUGAAGUGCCUUGCGGUCCUAGUAUUGAAGUUAAAUCGGAGAAAAUACCGUCGUUACUCUAUAACGAGUUCAUCGUUUACGAUGUAGCUCAGGUCAAGAUCGAAUAUCUCGUCAGAUUGAAUUUUAAUUAUAAAUACUGAAUAUGAUGUCUAUUCGUUUUUACUCGAAGUUAAAAUGGAUAACUGCUUACCGUUUUCAGUCAUUUUAUAUUUGAAAGUGUAAAUAUCCCAAAUGGAAAUUCAAAUCGUACGUUUUUGUUAUUCUACGCUGCUAUAGAUUUUUGUACGAUGCCGUAUGUUCACGUACGUUCGAACAUUUUGUAUAGCAUUAUACAGAAACGUACGCAGGCGUAGGUAAACGUGUGAAAAAUGUACUAAACUGAGUAAAUUAAGUUAAUUAUAGCGGCCAGAAAUGAAGGUUAAGUCGUACAAGUGUAUGUUGACGAUUUAUGCAAAUAAUCUAUAAAAUUUUGGGUUUUAAAUAUUUA